AAAGGGAAGACUGGAUGAAUGAAAAUUUGAAUCGCCUGGUCUUCGACGCAUCCAUGUCUAUAAGGUCAAGUUCAACACCUUCACUACUGAUUAAAUAUGCCUUCAAGUUGCUUUGGUUGUUUCUGACGAAUGUCGCUGUGUCUCGACUAGUUAAACAAGAGAGCCUUUGUCAACGCGCGAGGAGCGAGGGAGAGCCACGGUAUCGGUCUCGAAGCGAGCGGGAACUUGGUGGCAGUCUGGCAGGUUGGAUUCGGAUAAUUUGCCGCCGUAUUAUUGAUUGAGCCCCUUUACAUGGGCUCCUGGAGUCGCUGUAAUGACCGCUGUGACUUCUUUUUACAUACCCCUCUUUCACUAGUCCACGACUUGCUAUGGCAUACGGAGUAAUCUAGAUCUGCCUGGCUAUCGUCCAAUUCUACGCUAUUAAUCGAGCACACAUCAACCAUAUCGAAAUUCACAUGGAAGUUUUAGCCAAUUAUCUUGAUACAGGAUGUCUUCUGUCCCGAACAAGCGCCAACAGGCGCGGAAUGAGCGCACAUUGCAAGAUUUAAUUAAAAAUGUUCCUGGAAAUGACCGUUGUGCAGACUGCCAGGCUAGAAAUCCAGGAUGGGCCAGCUGGAGUUUGGGCAUCUUCCUUUGCAUGCGCUGCGCAGGACUCCAUCGCAAGCUGGGAACGCAUGUCUCCAAGGUCAAAUCCCUCAGUAUGGACACUUGGUCAAUCGAUCAAGUAGAGAAUAUGAAACGCACCGGGAACGUGACGUCAAACCGACGCUUUAAUCCGUCAAACGUGAAGCCAUUUAUACCCAUCGAUGUUGAUGAAGUCGAAUCUGCCAUGGAAAAGUAUAUCCGUCAGAAAUAUGAACUCAAAGUGUUUUCGGGAGAAAAUGGCCACGCCAACCCUCGUCAGCACACCGGCAGUACAAGUUCUGAGGAUCAGCCUCCGCCUCUCCCUCCGAAACCUGGGAAGAAAUUCAGCUUUGGCUUGCGUUCAUCGUCUUCUACAUUCCCCCUUGGCAAGAAAUACGCGGAAUCAUCUUCCAAUCCAUCUGAUGAAUUCGGUUCCUAUCGCAGGCCCAGUUCUCCGCCUCUUUCCAAUAAACCCUCAAGGGUUUUUGGAGCAUCUGUCAGUACCGGCCAGAGCAUGGACAUUAAACUCGCAACGCUAAAGGACAUGGGCUUCCCGGACGAAAACCGAAACGCAACUGUGCUCAAAGGUCUUGGGGGGGAUGUGGAUCGUGCGGCAGAGACGCUUGCCAGACUUGGUGAAGGCACCAGACUAUUUCCGUCACCCAGGCCUAUUUUUUCUGGAGAACGUGGCGCCCAAUCAACUGCUCAACGUUCAGGAGGCACAACUCCCGUCGAGCAGAGUUCGAAUCCUUUCGAUCGACUUGAUGCGCAAAGUCAGCUGUCUGGGUCAAAUCAAACUGGUCCGAACCCUUUUCUAGGACCUCAGCAGCAACAAAACGCAGGAAUUCCCAUGGCCCGAGCGUCCAGUCAACCUGCUUCAUACAACCCUUUCGCUCCUCCAAGCCAGCCCACACCCAGUAUUUCUUCUUUAAAUCACUCCAUGCAAAAUCUUCAAGUUGGUCAGCCAGGACAGUACGUAUCCGGCGGGACUAUUGCGUCGCCUGUGCAUUCGCAGCAAUCGACAUAUACCACAUACCCUUCCUCGUCCACCGCACAGCCUAAUCAAGCUUUUGCUGGGCAAGCAAUAUCCGGAACUGCAAAUCCUUUUCUCCGAGCCUCGCAGUCGGCUAUGAACCUCAAUGGCGCGUACAAUUCUGCGUUCGCCUCCACGCCAAACAAUACUCUGUAUCAGAUGCCUUCGUCUCCACAACCACCACCACCACCACCUCAAAUGCAACCCCAGUACUAUCAGCAGCCAUAUCAAAACCCAUCAUGGCAGGCGCAGCCUUUCUCGGGCUAUGGAAAUGCACAACACAACCCUUAUUAUCCCACUGCUCCUGUCCAGUCGCUGGUGCCACAGCAGACGGGGCGCGCUGACAAGGCAUCUAUUCUUGCCCUUUAUAAUCAUCCUCAUUUAGCCCCUCCCCAGACGAUGGGUCACCCUGCGCAACCAACUUCUGCCAGUACAGUAGGUUCUGGUCUGGAAGCGCCAGCAACAGCACCAAACCCAUCCCUCUCGGCGCAACAGAAUGGUCCGCCAUCUAUCGAAGCGAGUCCAGGAAGCCGCAAUCCUUUCCAUUCUCAAACCCGGCCCGGUCUCGGAAGCAAUCCCUUGAUGGCGCAGUCCAGACAUGUCAGCCAAGAAAGCGUAGACUUCGCCGGAUUUUCGCCAAGUGGGCGCCAUAGCCCCGAUGCGUUUGCGAGUCUGAGUUCAAGGUAUCUACGAUAGAGUACAAUGACGACGGCAUGACACGCAAUUUCUUGGGCACGAUUUACAACAUCGUCCUCAUCAUAAAGACGAAGGAGUUUCAAUCUUUCGACUUGCUUUUCAGGUUCCCUCACUUGUACAGAUUCUUGUUGAUCAAAUUAUCUCUUUCAAAGAUUCCCCUGCAUUUGCAUCAUUUUGACUUGCGGUUUUCAAGAGCUUGGAGUUGGCAUAGCAUAUUCCCAUCCUGUACAAUCACUGUGGCACCGCCCAUGUACGCGUUAUUCAAAGGGAAGGUUUGGAGGUGUUAAUGUACUCUGGCUUUGGCAGUUUACGACCAAUACAUGUCAUGAAAUCCCGAGACGUAUUAG